GGUCGACGAGGCGGCCGAGGUAAAGCAAGAGCUGACUAUGACUGCACAGUACGAGUUUUACCUUCAAAAAUCCGUCGAGAGAUGGGCUUACACAGUUUCUAUCAAAAGUACGCGCAUGCGUAUGGCGUCCCGAUCAUCAGCUCUAACCGUGCGGAUAGCCGAGCUAUCCAACGUGCUUGUUAUGUAGUUCGCUUUGCACUUGCUGACCGAAAAGACAUUCGGGACUGGCUACACGACCGCUAUGGCCGUGCUGGUGUCAUCGCCGAACGCGAGCGCACGACGGACAUUCCCGAACAUAGCUAUCUUCCUAAUUGGUGGAACCAGCGUGCGAGAGGUACAUGUAAUGAUAUUAUUAUUGCGUCAAGCAAUGGCGGGAGCAACAACAAAAAGGUGUUCCUCCAACCCAUACCGCCUGAUUAUAUUAUUUGGGCCCUCAGCAGUGCUCAAACUAACGGCCGGUCAACGGACAAUGACCGGCCAAAAAUGCCUCUUGAUCCGGUCACUUUUUUACCUCACUGGUCAUUUUGACCGGCCACAUUUUCAUGCCUUCCAAUGUGAUUGCUGACGAGUGACGUCUUCAAUUAAAACAUGAAACUAUGAUGUAUCGAAACAAGUUUCUAAUAGUUUAUUUCACUGUUAUAGUGUAAGCGUAUCAAUGACCGGUCAAAAACAGAUUUUGACUGAGCUAAAAUCAAGUUGACCGGAGACCUAUCUCCCGUUGAGCCCUGUGUGGAAAAACGUUUUCUGCUUCUUUUGUUCCUUAGCCAGUAGAAAAUUAUACUUCUGUUGCAGUGCUCACAGAAAGAAAAUAUUUUCCAAGCCUACAAUUCAGUGUCCGUAUUAGAGAGGUGCGAGUAUGCUUUUAUCAUUAUCAUUUAGGUCUAGGAGCCACUCUGGAUAAACCGAUCUCAACCGGUGGAGAAGAGAAUAUUUUGUGUCGACCGAGUGAUCGAUAUUACGGCGGCGGCCGUGGUGAGGACAUUUUCCUUCACGAAUUUGCACACGCCAUACACAACCUUGGUGUGACCGGAGCCAUUCCUGGUUUUGAUCGAAGAAUUAGAGCGUUAUACAACAAGAGAAAGUACGGUACAGAUCGACGGUGGAGUAACACUUACUACUUGAGUACAGGUAUGCGAUCGAUCUAGUGUUACGUACAGCGGUACGACACAGAGUGAGAUUUUGGGCAGGUCUUGGGGCGCUUUCCAUUAACUCGGUCAGACUGGUCAGAACGGUCAAAUUAUUGAAUGAAACACAAAACGUUUGGCCGGGCUUUGGACCUUUCCGACCGGAAACGUCGGAGGCCCAUUUUCGCUAGAUUUUCGAGAAACGUGAGCCAGAUCUUUCCAUUACUACCAAGACCGAAAUUCUGGUCUAAUCGGUCUGGCCAUUAAAUGGAAAGCGUCCCUAGGGCCAACGUUACACAGUGAGUUAUCCAUUUACCUUGGUAGUUGUGAAUAAAUUGAGAAUUAUUCAAUAAUUCCUAUACUAGAUUUUCUUUUACUCCAGAUCGCGAGUUCUUCGCAGAGGGAGUGACAAGUUAUUUCGACGUGAAUACAGAGACUUGGAACGGCAAAGCAAAUGGGAUUCAUAAUCACGUGAACACGAGAACAGAACUCUUCAGUUACGAUCGCGAUCUUUAUAAUAUAGUCAAGGAGGUGUUCCCAUGUGGAAAUAGGUUUUUGGAUAGAUGCUCUGCUUUGAAAGGUGCGUGGUGUUUUAGUGUUGAAACUAGAAAUGAGUGAGUGCAUGGAUUUCAUCGUGCAGCAGAUGUCAAUCAGCAGACAGCAGUUGUAAGGGUCGCAUUCCAGUUAAGCGUUCAGUGGUUUUCGUAUGUACGAAUAUAUUUUAUGUAUGAUUUAAUGUGGAUUUGUUGAGGUAAUUGAUACUUAUGCACAAUUUUGAAAGAUUUAAACUUUUCCGUGCCUAUCAUGAAGUCCAAAACAAAGGAAAGAUAAAAUGGUAAAAUUUCACUUCGAGUAAUAUAUUCAGCCCUUUUUUGAACAUAUAGGAAGUGGAAGAUUGAUUUCAGGUUGGAGAAGGGGGGGGGGAUUAGCAAACUCUAGGAGAGUCCGGAUAGGGGAGUUCAAAUACCGUUGAAUCUCACACCGGCCUUUAUAUCUUUCUUUGUGUGUGUGUGUGUGUGUGUGUGUGUGUGUCGGGGGGGGGGGUGCUUCGUCCCCUCACCUCUACUGUUGGAGGCUACAGCCUUGCACAUGCCUCUUAUGAUGAUAAAUGAAAGAUAAGUAUUCUGUUAUUAAUUACAGGCAUUUUUUCUGUUAUUUAGGUAAAACACCACCUCCGUUCAAAAUGAAUUGUAAGUUGUUAUGGCAAUAUAAAUUGUAUUUUUUUGGAAUAGAAUGUUUUGGUUUGUGAAAACACCACGUACAUUUAUUAGUGCAAAGCUUCCCAUUACAGUAAGCCCUGAUUUUCAUCAGUAUCAAUACCAAAAAUGCAAAUAAUUUUUUCAUUUACUUCUCUUCCACGCCGCUAACUGUGCAUGCGCUCUAUCUAUUUCAGGUGAUGGCAAAGGUGGCGGGGUCAAACCUAAACCAAAACCUACAGUAAAACCAAAGCCCAAGCCUAAACCGACAACAUAUCCAACACCGCCAUUACCAACCACAACUCAAAGUGGUAAGUGUAUUAGUUUUCCCCACGUUAUUUCGUUCUUGUGUUUUUGAAGGCUGCCAAGAACGUACCAACGGAUAUAUAUCUAAAGGCUUCGGUGGGGCAAUCGUCCGAGUUUCGGUUGCGCACCUCUGAGAUCGUGGUUCGUUUCUCGUUCAAGACUCAAGACAUUCAUGUGCAUGAAAAGAGUUCGUCAACGCGGCUCUGCCGAAUGGACAACUUGCAUGUUAGACUAAAUUUUAAUCUAAGUAAAGAGAAGGGAAUAAAACACAACAGUUAAAAUGAACAUAAUGAAAUUAGUAAAAUUGCAAAAUUUGGUUGCGAAAUGUUGUAAAAUACAGAAAAUAUAGCCUUGCGAAGUUUGCAUAUUUUCAGUAUGUUUAUAUUACGUGCGGAAAUUGUUACCAUUUUUGAGCCGAAAAUGGUAACAAUUUCCGCACGUAAUACAAAUAUACUGAAAAUAUGCAAACUUCGCAAGGCUAUAUUUUCUGUAUUUUACAACAUUUCGCAACCAAAUUUUGCAAUUUUACUAAUUUCAUUAUGUUCAUUUUAACUGUUGUGUUUUAUUCCCUUCUCUUUACUUAGAUUAAAAUUUAGUCUAACAUGCAAGUUGUCCAUUAAAGUCGUGGGUUUUCUCCGGGUACUCCGUUUUCCUCCCACAGGAAAUGUUGGGUUGGGAUUAGCCGCAAACUGACUCUUCCAUCGUAGCUGUACUUCGUGAUCAGAAACGAGUCAUAAGGCGACUGUCAGAUCGAGGCUCUCUUAGACAGCCUUCGACUAUCACACGUAAUAUCUCACAACUUGUCAACAAGAUGUGUUCCCAACAGCCAACAUGCUUGUAGCAGGCUUGUCAACAAGUUGUAACAAUGUUGUCAUUUUAUCAAGUUGCUACAAGAUUGUCACUCACAACUUGUUGACAAAUUUUUGAAUUGCUGGACGAUAACAAGUUGUUGGAACAACUCGUAACAAGUCUGUUGAGCUCAACAACCUUGUAGCAACUUGUCAACAAGCCGUUGACAACUUGUCAUCAAGCUAGGAACAAUCCUUAUGAAAAAAGUCUAUAGGUGGCCUAUAAGUGCCUAUAGGAAAUGUUCCAAUUCCCUAUAGAAGCUUUUAGGCAUCUAUAGAGCUCUAUAGGAUUAUAGGCAUCCCUAUAGAUCACCUAUAGAAAAUGUUCCAAUUGCCUAUAAAAACCUAUAGGUUUCCUAUAGGAACCUAUAGGUUGGCCUAUAGGCCAGGCCUAUAGGCCAGGCCUAUAGACUUUUUUUGUAAGGGUUAAGCAGUGCGAACACAUCCUGUUGACAAGUUGUUGGAACAUUGCUACAUGUCUGCUGCAGGUUUGUUACAACUUGUGCGUUUUUAUGCGUGAUCAGAUAAGGUUGAGCUGCGACUGUGUGCUUAGAAAUCCAGCUUAGCUCUUAGCUGAGGAUGAUUAGCAUAGACUCUCAUUACUUACACCCUCAUCUGUUUAAAAAUGUUUAGGUGACACAAUGCACGGUUUACGUAUGUGGUGCCUUUGAGUAAAUCCAUUUACCGAGUCAAUUCCGAGCCCGAGUCAAACACCCGAGUCACGUAAAAAAAAGACGAAAUUGAAGAAAAUUCACAGUCGAAUAGGGUUAGGAGUAUGGUUAGGGUUUGGGUACUAAGUCUUUGAACCGGCAAAGACAGUUAAACAGUGACUCGGACAUUUGACUCGGUUAACCGACAAACUCCGCAGUUGAAUAGUCACAGUCGAAUAGGGUCCUAGUACGUUAGGAGUGGGGUUAGGGUUAGGACUUAGGGUUAGGAGUAGGGUUAGGGUACUAAGUCAUUGAACCACAAAUUAGACCACUAAACAGUGACUCGGACAUUUGACUCGGGCUCGGAUUUGACUCGGACUCGGAUUUGACUCGGUUAACCGACAAACUCUGGUGCCUUUCACCACCGGGUUAUAGGGCGUAUCUGUAGAUAUUUUGUUAUUUAUGGUUACAGGUUGUGCUGAUAAAGCAGCACCUGCACACUGUCGAGUCUGGGUGGCCAAGUCGUAUUGUACACAACACUAUAAAGACUACAUGAUGAAGAAUUGUAAAAAGAGCUGUGGCUGUUGUUCGCCGCUUCAAAAGGUUGGUGCCUUUUACCAAAACUACUGUAAACAAUAUGCAACGAAGACAAACUGCGACAAAUAUGCUUGGGUUAAGAAAACCUGCAAAGUGGUCUGUGAUUGUUUGUAGUGGCCAUCAUUGGAGACAAACAACGAACUCAGUGACAACAGAACAAGCAAGGGCUCCCAUUUGAGUUUAUGAUUAACUAAUACAUG